UCCUCUCUGGAUUCCCCGCCAGAGGCCACCGGAAGAACCUGCCGGCGGGCCGGAAACAACGAAAAGCAGAGAGAAGCUGAGGUCCUCGCUCGCUCGCUCUGUUUCUCGGGGGGGCGUUUGCGCGGCGACGACGACGACUUCCGGCGAACGCUCCGAGUGUCGGUUGCUGCUGUCAUCGGGCCGUAGCGCCGGCAGCCCCUUUCCGCCCCCGAGAGCACCCUAAGGUCGUCCGCCGAGCCGGAGGAAGGGUUGAGCCAUGUCGCGCAGGCGGCACAGGGACGAGAACGACGAACAACCAUACAAGAAAAGGAAAGUAUCUAUUGCAGAACGAUUGGAAUCUCUAAUAAGCAAAGUGGGAGAAAAGAGUCCUUUCUCUUUGGAAAGUAGAAUAGAAGGCUUGGCUGGAGUUUUGGAGGCAGAUCUACCAAACUACAAAAGCAAAAUACUGAAACUGCUUUGCACAGUAGCACGUCUGUUACCACAGAAGAUGACCAUUUACACAACUCUUGUUGGCUUGCUGAAUGCCAGAAACUACAAUUUUGGUGGAGAGUUUGUAGAAGCGAUGAUACGUCAACUGAAAGAAUGUUUGAAAGCCAACCUAUACAAUGAAGCUAUCUAUUUAGUGCGCUUUUUUUCUGAUCUUGUGAAUUGUCACGUAAUAGCUGCACCCUCAAUGGUAGCCAUGUUUGAGAAUUUCGUCAAUGUGACGCAAGAGGAGGAUGUACCUCAGGUGCGAUGUGACUGGUAUGUGUAUGCGUUUCUGUCAUCCUUACCUUGGGUGGGGAAGGAGCUGUAUGAGAAAAAGGAUACUGAAAUGGAGCAGAUCUUGUCUACUGUUGAAAACUAUCUGAAACGGCGUCAGAAGAACCAUGUGCCCAUGCUACAAGUUUGGUCUGCUGAUAAACCACAUCCACAAGAAGAGUACUUAGAUUGCCUUUGGGCUCAGAUUCAGAAAAUGAAGAAGGACCACUGGCAAGAGAGGCACAUUCCGAGGCCAUACCUGGCGUUUGACAGCGUGCUUUGUGAAGCACUGCAGCACAACCUGCCUCCUUUUACGCCCCCACCCCACACGGCAGAUUCCGUUUACCCGAUGCCAAGAGUCACCUUCCGAAUGUUUGACUACACUGAUGAUCCUGAAGGACCAGUUAUGCCUGGGAGCCACUCUGUUGAAAGAUUUGUGAUUGAAGAAAACCUCCACUGCAUCAUCAGAUCAUUUUGGAAAGAGAGAAAGACAUGUGCUUCCCAAUUAACAAGCUAUCCAGGAAACAACAAGAUCCCUCUGAAUUACCACAUUGUUGAGGUCAUUUUUGCUGAGUUGUUUCAGCUUCCUAUUCCGCCUCACACAGAAAUCAUGUACACUACGCUGUUUAUUGAACUCUGUAAACUUCAGCCUGGAUCUUUACCUCAAGUUCUUGCACAAGCUACAGAAAUGCUGUACAUGCGCUUAGAUACCAUGAAUACCAUCUGCAUAGAUCGGUUUAUGAAUUGGUUUUCCCACCAUCUUAGUAAUUUUGAGUUCCGUUGGAGCUGGGAAGAUUGGUCAGAUUCUGUUUCUGAGGUUCUUGACAGACCCAAGCCUAAGUUUGUAAGAGAAGUACUGGAAAAAUGCAUGAGGCUUUCCUACCAUCAGCGAAUAAUAGAUAUCGUUCCUGCUAGUUUUUCAGUCCUUACUCCGGCAAAUCCAGCAUGUAUUUAUAAAUAUGGAGAUGAAAGUAACAAAUCUCUUCCUGGAUACAACGUUGCACUCUGUGUAAGCAUUGCCAUUAAAAACAAAGCAAGUAAUGAUGAAAUCUUCGCCAUUCUGAAGGAUGUGCCCAAUCUUAAUCAGGAUGAUGAUGAUGAUGAAGGCUUCUCAUUCAAUCCUUUAAAAAUAGAAGUUUUUGUCCAGGCACUAUUGCACUUAGCGUCAAAGUCAUUCAGUCACUCCUUCAGUGCUCUGGGAAAAUUUCGAGAAGUCCUCAGAACUUUGGCUGAAAGUGACGAAGGGAAGCUUCACAUUCUCAGAGUGAUGUAUGAAGUAUGGAAGAAUCAUUCUCAGAUGAUUGCUGUACUGGUGGAUAAGAUGAUUCGUACACAGAUUGUGGAUUGCGCUGCAGUGGCAAAUUGGAUUUUUUCUCCAGAGCUAUCUCAUGAUUUUACAAGAUUUUAUAUUUGGGAGAUCUUGCAUUCUACCAUUCGUAAGAUGAACAAGCAUGUGAUGAUGAUUCAAAAGGAGCUAGAAGAAGCCAAAGAAAAAUUAGCCAAGCAACAGAAAAGACGUGAUGAUUCUCGAAGGAAUGAGAGAGAAAGUUGGCCCCUUGAAGAACAGAUCGAACGCUUGCAAGAAAAAGUUGAAUCAGCUCAAAGUGAACAAAAAAACCUCUUCCUUGUAAUAUUCCAGCGUUUUAUUAUGAUCCUAACUGAACAUCUAGUACGAUGUGAAACAGGAGGGAUUGAUGUAAUUACACCUUGGUACAGGAACUGUAUAGAGAGGCUGCAGCAAAUUUUCUUACAGCAUCAUCAGAUCAUCCAACAGUACAUGGUGACCUUGGAGAACCUUCUAUUUACAGCAGAAUUGGAUCAUCACAUACUGGCUAUAUUUCAGCAGUUUUGUGCACUCCAGGGCUGAGUAACUUUUUUUUUUUUGUAUAGGACUUAAUUUCAUCUUGUUAAGUUUAAGAUGGAUUCUUUGAUAAGAAAGGAAAAAAAUCUUUUAAUCUGAAAAUACAUUAAGUGUGCUGUCCUAGAUAAACUACGCAGUGCUUGAAUGGGAUGAGUUGGGGCAGCAGGGACCUUAUGCUAGUUAUGAUUGCCAGGUGAUUGGGAUGGAAUAAUGCGUGGAUUUCUAAUUUUGAAAUGGUUUGAAUGUUGACUCUGCCAUAGCAUCUGCUUUGUUCCCUCCUAUUGUUUGUAUAAAAAAUAAAAAAAUAGAUAAUAAACAUAA